AUGUCUAGAGAUAUUGACACAGUUAUCGUCGCGAACGAUAGAAAAACCCUUUCCCUCAAAUGGAAAAAUGGAGAGUUGUCCAGAAUCGUCAUAGCAUAUUUAUCGCGUUCUAUAUUGUACAGGUGGCUAAGAAAUAUUAAUAGCCAAGGAAUAUGUCUUCUGACAGAUGUACCAACAGAACACCAUUACGCCAGGAACGUUUUGAAUAAGAUUGGCAGUCUGACAGGAACCCUAUACGGAGAGACUAUAUUUUAUAAGAUCUGGGACGUCAAAGUCCACAAGAAGAUGAUCAACUCGGCAUAUGGACGACAAGCUCUUCUGUUCCACACUGAUCUGGCUAUAUAUGAAGCACAGCCUGGUGUACAAUUUCUACACUGUUUAAAAUUUGACGAUUCAUUGGAGGGCGGUGAAACCUUGUUCGUCGACCUAUAUCACAUUGCUGAGUCAUUCCGGACUGAUUUUCCAAAGGAAUUUCGACUUUUGACAGAAGUUCCGUUUACGUUUACAAGGAUUCACUAUGAUCGUUGUGAACCUGUCCAUAUGAUCCUCAGAAGACCACUGAUAUCCCUGAAUGACGACAAUCGGAUCAUUAAUAUAACCUGGCAUGAACACGAACUUGGACCUCCUUUAGUGAAUGAGAACAACGUGGAGGAGUUUUAUAGGGCUUACCAGCUUUUCGCCAGGGCUAUCAACAACUUCCCCUACAGAAGAGUCGUACGUCUCCGGAAGGGUGAUAUGAUCUGCUUCAAUAAUAGGAGACUUGCUCAUGCUCGAAAUGCAUUUACUGGAGAAGGUGAAAGACAUUUGCAGGGGUGUUAUGUCAAUUCGGAUGACUUCAAGAGCAAACUGAUGUAUCUCUCACAAAAGUUGGACGAUGGAAGACCAGUGUGUCACGUGGGAAAUUCAGACUGGACCUAAACAAAUGUACCGUUUACAAUUAGAGACUCAAGGAUCUCUCAUAUUUUUAUUCAUUAAUAUUGUAGAUAUUUUAUAAAAUUGAAAGAGGGUGAUGCACCACAAAAACACUCCUCUUUUCUGAUAUUGUUCUCCUGAUACUGCUGGUAUUUUGAUCUAGCAGGAUGGAUACCACAGAGACUGUAACAUCUGAAAUUCCUAUUGUUUGGCCAUUUAGUAUACAAAAGCAUAUCUUACAUUUUGCUGUGGAGUUUAAGAAAUAUUAAAAGGAAAUUAAUACACCAAAACCCCAAAGUCUCUCUUCCAAAACAGUGUUUAACAUUAUAUUGGCGCACUUUUAAACUGGUAAGGUGGACACCGGUAGGAAAAAGAAACAUAUCUGCUUAACAAAAUAAUCACUUAUAAUUGCUCUUCUCAUAGAAUACAUAUUUGUCAUGCUAAACAAAUGUUUCGGUAGUCGGAUCUCACAGCGUUACAUGUACGAAUGAUAGGUACACGGUUUCGUACGAAUAUACAAUGUGCGAAUAAAACUGACAUGGGA